AUGUGUCUGCAUCGGGAUAAAAUAUUUGCCUUGCUAGAUGGAGUCAGGAAAGUUAUACUGAAGGGUCACAAAGGCGCAGUUACACGACUCCUGAACAAAUUCGAGAUAAUUCAGCGGGAGGCAGCCGAUUACGAGGAACUUGUGACGAUCAUUGACUCCCUCAAACAGAAACAGCAGACGAUCACGGAGAUUCAUGAAAAGAUCCUUGAUUCUUUUCAAGACGAAGAGGAAGAACAAAUAGAAACAGAAAUUCUUGAGCAUGAUGAAUAUAUAUACAUGUUAAAGACCAAGAUACAGAAGAUACAUGAUUUUAGGAAGGUAUCAAUUUCAAAUUUGAACUACAAUUCCCCAGCUCUAAACCCUAAUGCUCAGCCAUUUCAAGUGUCCGUAUCAAGCGAAACAUCCGAGAUUUGUGCGCCAGGUAUCAGCGAGAAUACUUCCCAGAUGCAUUUCUUACCGUCCUUAUCUCAAAGCUCAGUAUAUCACAAAUUACCAAAAUUAGAUUUGCCGAAGUUCGACGGAAAUGUCCUUGACUGGUGUUCAUUCUGGGAUUCAUACGAGUCUGCUAUACACUCGAAUGUUUCACUUAGCGGAGUACAGAAAUUCAAUUACUUGAAGUCGUGUCUUAAAAAUGAGGCUUUGCAAACAAUAGCUGGAUUUGCCUUAACUAAUGUUAAUUAUGAACAGCCUAUUUCAUUGUUACAUGAGAGAUAUGGUCAAAAGGACAGAAUUAUACAAACUUACAUGAAAGCAUUACUAGAAGUUCCAGCACCCAUGUACACUGUACAAAGUAUUAGAAAAUUCUAUGAUACAACAGAGACAUAUAUCAGAGCAUUAGCUUCACUAAAUCAGAAUGAGACUACAUACGGUUCAUUACUUACACCUGUUAUCCUUCAAAAACUACCGCCAGAGGUCAGAACAAACAUUACAUGUGCGCACGGGAUACAGUCGUGGUCUUUGCGUGAAUUGAUGAAAUGUAUACUGAAUGAAAUCAAUAUUUUAGAUGCUGGAAAUUUGCUGAAUACCCCUCAAGACUUAAUUCCGACAGCAACUUUUCUAACAAAAUCUGAUUCUAGUAGAACAGAAAGAAAAAAUACACCCAUACCAAGCAACUUACGAUCACAUAGACAAAGAUGCGCGUUUUGUAAGGGAGAGCACUCUUGUAUAGACUGUGUAAAAUUUAAAGAUCGUGAACAGAGAAUGAAGAUAGUGAAGGAAAGAAGGCUAUGUUUUAAUUGUCUGGGAAACCACAAGAUUACAGACUGUAAGUCUAAAUUCAAGUGUAAAAUAUGCUCACGCAGACAUCAUACUAGUUUUUGUGGAGUAAAAAUAGCAGCCAAAUCUACAGAUAAGUAUCCUGUUAUCAACAAUGAGAAAGGGAACUCCACUUCGGUAUUACAUUCUGCUUACUCUACCACACCAGGUCCUGUAUUAUUAAAGACAGCAGUUUCCAUGGUAACCUCAAAAAGUACCUCCAUUUCUGCCAAUAUCCUAUUUGAUGAAGGUUCCCAGAGUUCAUUUAUAAGUGAACACCUAGCCCAAAAAUUACAAUUGGAGCCCACCGGAAGUGAAACUUUAUACAUGUCGGGUUUCGGAGACACAGAGCGUCGCGUGCGACAUUUAAGCAGAGCAACCGUGUAUUUAGAAACACCAGAAGAAAAUAUUCCCAUAAAGGUUUUGAUUAUUCCUGAAAUUUCCACGCCACUGAAAUCUCAUCACAAAUAUGCUGCUCGCCUUACUUACCUGAAAGGGCUCAAACUCGCACACCCAGUCUCAGGAGAUGAAGAUUUUGAUAUCGAGAUUCUAAUUGGUGCUGAUCAUUACUGGGACGUAGUACAAGAUAAAGUUAUCAGAGGUGACGGGCCUACAGCUACACUAUCUAAAAUCGGAUACCUUCUAUCAGGACCAUUGAAAACUGAUCCUGAAAUACAUUCCACAUCGAUCCCCAUCUGUAAAAUUAACGUUAUGACUGUGAUUACGCAUAAUGAACUUAAAGUAGAGCAUCUUAAGAUAAAAGAGUCGGUCGGAGAAGGAUAUAAGCCAAACCAACAAUUAUGCUACGAAAAAAGACGCGAAUAUUCAGAAAAUAGCAUUACGUACAGUAAAGAAAAUUAUGUUGACAAUUUACCACAGAAAGAUGACCACUACAUUAUAUCACGAAACGAACAUAUAAGUAGACCCAGAACUAUGCCCCACCAUCCUGUGAGAAAAGACUCGGAGAAAAUAUGUGUUAUAAAUGACCGCACACGUAUCUAUACAUUCAUGUACACAUAUCUCAUAGACCCAUCUCAUCUACUAUACAGACGCAGGAUUACCUCCAUUUUUUACCCAGACGACAGAGAACUCACAACAAGGGGAUUAAAUGAGCCUGUCGAGGAACUGUACAUACUCAUAGAUGCAACGCUUGGACGUUUCUUUUCAAGAUGGAAACACAAAUACCUAACCUUGUUAUGA